AUGGCAGAUGCAGGGGGAGUAGGAAUCUUCAAUGUGCCAUCAGAAGCAGCAAAAAUUGUGUUUAUCCCCAACCUAAUUGAUUUUGGUUGCCUAGCUCUGGUGGAAAGCCCAGGAAUAUGCAAAUGCAAGGAUUCUGCCCAAGUGAUUUUGAUGUGCCACACAGGAACAUCGGUGCUCAUAGUCCUAAAGCCCGCUGAAGCAGAACCAAAGUUUAAACUUAGUCUUCAGACCUGGAAUACAGUUCAUUCCAGCAGAAAUCAGAGUAGUCCUCAUAGUUGCUGUUUAGCCUUAAGACUCCCAACUAGUCACCUGACCAUUGACAAGCCAUUGAACUUGGCUACCGUAUCCUUCCCCCACGACAGCACGGGAGCUGGGAGCAGAGCCAGCCACUGCACACUUCCCACCCUGGCCAGCACCCUCAGCUCCACCAUCACCAUCCAGAUUCAGCCAGCAACUAUUUGUCGUACAAUGACUCUCCGCCAAGAUUAUUCCCUCUUCAGUGAUUGUAAGGUCUGCUUUGUGAACCUGGAUGUGAACAAGGAUGAAUGUAGCACAGAGCACCUGCAGCAGAAGUUGGUCAACGUUUCACCAGAUCUUCCAAAACUUAUCAGCUCCAUGAAUGUCCAACAGCCAAAAGAAAAUGAAAUUGUCCUCCUAAGUGGGUUAGCAUCUGGCAAUCUCCAGGCAGAUUUUGAAGUUUCACAGUGCCCUUGGCUACCAGAUAUCUGCUUGGUCCAAUGUGCAAGAGGUAACAGACCAAACAGUACCAAUUGCAUCAUCUUUGAAAUCAACAAAUUUUUGAUUGGUCUGGAACUGGUGCAGGAGCGGCAGCUCCACCUGGAAACAAAUGUCUUGAAACUGGAGGAUGACACAAACUGUUCUUUAUCCUCAAUUGAGGAAGACUUUCUCACCGCAUCUGAGCACUUGGAGGAGGAAAGCGAGGUGGAAGAAUAUAGGAAUGGUUAUGAAAAUAUAAAUGUCUCAGCCAAUGUUUUGGAGAGUAAAAAGCCAAAGGAAGCUACCCAGGAGGAAUGGUGUUACAAGGCAAAGUUGCUUUAUACUUUGGAAGACAAACACAUUGGCAAAUAUCAUACACCAUUUGUUAAACCAGAACGAUCUCCAGAAAACCUAGCAGAGAACACAGGCUUGCAGGGUCUGGGUCCCUCAGCCAAGCCUUCACAGUGGAAAGGUGAGGUUGUGGGGAGUGAGAGACACUCCACAAAUUGUUAUUGUUCAGAAACCUUUAAAGGUCAAGUGGAAAAAUCACAGGCUCUGUAUAUUCCAAGUGAUGCUUAUUUCUCCACGAUGGUUAAAGACGCACCUUCUGCAUGUGGCACUGUCGCUGGGCAGGCCAGCCAGGUGGACCCAGGAGACCAAAAAGAUGCAAGAAACUCUCUUCCUCCUGGACAAGAUGGAGAAGUCACAACUGGCGAGUAUGCUACAAAUUUAGCAGAAUCUGUGCUGCAAGAUGCAUUUAUUAGAUUAUCUCAGUCUCAGCCUACACUACCCCAGGAAUCUGCAGUCAGUGUGUCUGGAGGAAGUGCUCUGCUUCCCAGUUGCUAUUCCAUGAAAGAUACUAUGGUCCCUCGGUCAUGGAAUAAGCUCCCCAAAAUCGUCAUUGUUCAGAGUCCAGAUGGCAGCGAUGCUGCCCUGGAGCCAAGCAUCUCCUCGUGGCCCAAGAUGGAAGUCUCCAUGGAAACUUCAGGCAUCCACUCUGGAGAGAACUCCAACAGACACCCCCAGAGUGCUCUAGAAGUAGCAUUAGCAUGUGCGGCCACUGUAAUUGGAACGAUUUCCAGUCCACAGGCCACAGAAAGACUCAAAAUGGAGCAAGAGGCCCUGGUAUCACACCGUCCACUGGGUGACAGUGAAGCACUGCAAAUGCAAGCAUCCCCAGCAGCCAAGGAGCCUUCCCUCAGUGAAUACUCCUUUCCAUCUGCUUUGUGUGGCAUGACUCAGGUGGCGAGUGCCAUCGCUGUCUGUGGCCUGGGUGAAAGAGAAGAGGCAACGUGCCCUGUGGCUCCAAGUGGCUUCUUACCAACAGGUGGGUCUUCUGAAGCAACCCCACCACUUUAUGGUUUAGCAACAGGGAGAAGCAUGGAGCUGGGAAAGGAAGCCAUUGUGGAGGGGUUGCUCAAGGAGGCUGCUCUGGUUUUAACAAGGCCUAACACCUACAACAGCAUUGGAGACUUCCUGGAAUCCAUGAACAGGAGAAUCAUAGAAACUGCUUCAAAGCCUCAAACCCUGUGCUCAGAAAAUGUCCUCAAGAAUGAUCUGGCACAGACCCUGUCCAACGUGAUCCUGAAGCAUUCCAUUGAGGAAGUUCACCAGAAAAAUAAAAUAAUCGACCCCAACGAUGGCAGGCAUUCCUUGGAAACUCUGGACACCUUAAUGGAAAGCACAAACCAACUGCUCUUCAGUGUGAUGUGCUUCACGUUCAAGAAGAUGAGCCAUAUCGUACAGCUUGGUGAACAUCCCACUGUGCUUUCCAAGGAGACAGAACUAGGCUGCCAGCCAUUGGAUCAGGCUGCUGGUCAAGCACGGACAAAAGCCACUGCACACUCCAGCAGCUAUCCACUUAGCGAUGCGCACGGCACCAGUCUUGUCAUCGAUGAUCUUGUGGAUGACGUGCAUCCAAAGCAAGACCACAAGGGUGGCCUGAGGCCAGGUCUCUUCAAGAACCCCAUGCUGCCAUCUGAAUUAUUGUGUAGUCACAGAGUGGCCGAUUCUUCAGCUGCUAAAACAUCCCCCAAGGAAAUAUAUCUGAAAGGAAUGGUGGCAGAGGAUACAAAAAACCCUCAUCAGACACCCAGUCCUGGUGAGAAUGAAUACAGAGCCUGUUUCAAAGCAGAAAGGUCACUGACCAUAGGCCAGUGCAGGAGUGGUUCCCAGGAUGCUGAAGACAGUAUCAACCCAGACACUGAAGAAAAGUACAAUUGUGCCACACCUCUAAACAACGAAGCUCAAGGUAACCUGUCCUUGUUAGGGGAUGACUUGCUGCUUCCUGCUCAAUCCAUGCUGCAAGCAAAGCAUGCAGACAUCUACUGCAUUGCAGACUUUGCCGAAGAAUUAGCAGAGACGGUGGUCUCCAUGGCAACUGAAAUCGCAGCGAUUUGCCUUGACAACUCCAAUGGGAAACAACCCUGGUUUUGUGCAUGGAAAAGAGGGAGCGAGUUUCUGGUUACACCCAACGCAUCUUGCCGAUCCUUGAAGAGAAAGAAGGAAAGCCAGGCGGGUGGCGCUGCUGUGAGGAAACACAAGCCGCCCCGGCUCAGUGAGAUCAAGAGGAAGACAGAUGAGCACCCUGAGCUGAAGGAGAAGCUUAUGAACAGGGUUGUGGACGAGUCUAUGAACCUUGAGGACAUCCCAGAUUCUGUCAAUAUCUUUGCAAAUGAAGUGGCCGCCAAGAUCAUGAACCUAACUGAGUUCUCCAUGGUGGACGGCGUGUGGCAAGCCCAGAGCUACCCCCGGAAUCGGUUACUGAGUGGGGACAGGUGGAGCCGGCUGAAGGCCUCCAGCUGCGAAAGCAUUCCCGAGGAGGACUCGGAAGCCAGGGCCUAUGUCAACAGCCCGGGUUUAAUGAGUACCUUAAGCCCGCCAGUCAGCAGGGCCAGUUCAGUCUCCAAACAGUCCAGCUGCGAGAGCAUCACCGAAGAGUUUUCCAGGUUCAUGGUGAAUCAGAUGGAAAGUGAAGGGAGAGGGUUUGAGUUACUGCUGGAUUACUACGCCGGCAAGAACGCCAGCAGCAUUCUGAGCUCAGCGAUGCAACAGGCAUGCCGGAGAACUGACCACCUCAGCGUGAGGCCGAGCUGUCCCUCCAAGCAGUCCAGCACGGAGAGCAUCACCGAAGAGUUCUACAGGUACAUGCUGAGGGACAUCGAAAGAGACAGCGCCUCCUCCAGACGAAGCAGCCAGGAUUGGACAGCUGGCUUGCUGUCCCCGUCUCUGCGGUCCCCGCUGUGUUACCGACAGUCGUCGGUGCCGGAUAGCAGGUCCCCAUGUGCGCGGUUGACAGUCAGUGCGCCCAUCAAAGCCAACUCCUUAGAUGGCUUUGCUCAGAGCUGCCCGCAAGAUUUCCUAAACGUGCAGCCGGUCAGUAGCGCUUCCUCGUCGGGUCUCUGCCAGUCGGACUCUUGCCUGUACCGGAGAGGUGGGACCGAUCACAUCACAAACAUGCUAAUUCACGAGACGUGGGCAAGCUCAAUUAAGGCGCUCAUGCGCAAGAACAAAAUUAUCGCGGAUGACGCAGAGGCCGCGGCUGCGGAGCCCGUGCCUGGUCCCUCACAAGGGGAGACAUCUGCAGGUAAACCAGCCGCGAGCAGGGUGUACAGUGGGCCAGCCCUGCGCGUUCAGGAGCCGGUCGAUUACCCCAGGAGAGACUCUGUCACUGAAAGCAAACAUCUUCCAGUGUCGCCUCCAAGCAACACUGCUCCUCUUGCAAGCCACAGCAGUUUAGAUUCUAAAAAGGAAACUUCCUCGUGUGGUGAUGCUGUCCCUCUAAGCCACACCAGACAAUCUCUUUGCUCAAGGGAAGUGCCUUUGAUUCAGAUAGAAACAGACCAGAGAGAAACCUGUGCUGGAGAACCCGAACACGGCCUUUCCGAAAGCAGCCCCCUAGAGGAAGCCGAAGAGCAUUUGAAUGAAGAAAAAGUCCCAGAUGUGGUGAGUCACAGCCUUGAUGCCAGAGACGUACCAGAGGCUGAAGUCUCUACAGAUGCCAGAGCCCCUGAAGAGUUCCCCAACCCUCCCAGCAGCAGCGAGGAGAGCACAGGCAGCUGGUCUCAGCUGGCCAACGAGGAUGACAACCCAGAUGACACAAGUAGCUUUCUGCAGCUCAGUGAGAGAUCCCUGAGCAAUGGCAACAGUAGUGCCACUAGCAGUCUUGGCACUAUGGACCUGGACAUUUAUCAGGAAAACAUGCCUUCUCCUCCCAUGAUUAAUGCCGUCUACAGUCACAGCCUUGAUGCCAGAGACGUACCAGAGGCUGAAGUCUCUACAGAUGCCAGAGCCCCUGAAGAGUUCCCCAACCCUCCCAGCAGCAGCGAGGAGAGCACAGGCAGCUGGUCUCAGCUGGCCAACGAGGAUGACAACCCAGAUGACACAAGUAGCUUUCUGCAGCUCAGUGAGAGAUCCCUGAGUGAAUUAGUAGAAGAAAAGGAGAUUCUUAAAGGACAGUCAGAAAACAUAGAGGAACCUGCCUCCGAACUGCCUGUGGGACCAGCCAGCCCCCAGAGGAGUCUACUGGUGAUCAACUUCGACCUGGAGCCGGAGUGUCCUGACGCCGAGCUUCGAGCCACUCUGCAGUGGAUAGCUGCCUCCGAACUUGGGAUUCCCACCAUCUACUUUAAGAAAUCUCAGGAAAACAGAAUUGAAAAGUUUCUAGAUGUCGUGCGGCUGGUUCAUCAGAAGUCCUGGAAAGUGGGGGAUAUCUUUCACGCUGUUGUCCAGUACUGCAAAAUGCAUGAGGAGCGGAAGGAUGGGAGCCUGAGUCUCUUUGACUGGCUCCUGGAGCUGGGAUAAGGCAGACUUCCCUGUAGAGCAUUCCUUCCCUUUAUUCCAGCUUAUAUUACAGUGGUUUGUUGUAAAUGCUCUAAACGUUCUCAAAACAUCACAUCACAUUAGCAGAGCUAU